UCACAUUCCUAAUUCAGAGCUAGCUGGAAGAGCCGGCAGUUGGUGAUUUAUAUGUUUUAACAUUACAUGUUCGGUUUUAACACUAUUAUUGUGCAUAUGUGCUUAGUUAUCGUGUUCUUUCAGCAGUGAAGUUUAUCCAUUUGUUUUCGAGAGUUUGUGGAACGUGAAAGUAUUUAUAUUGUACGCAACAAUGUCUUCCCUUGCUAUCCUCGAUCGCGAAUUAUGCAGCAUUGUGGAUGAAAUGCGUUCCGGAAAAGUUACUCAGCGCCAAAAGGCCUUCGAGAAAUUAGAGCUUAUACUCAACAGCCGCGAAGAUGACAUCCUAAGGUACAUGGCUGCAAAUAAAUACGACACUAAUUGGAAGGAUAUACUGGGAGCCGCUCAUCACGGUAUCAAGAUUCAGAACGAUAGAAUGGGGGAGCCCAACACUGUCGGCGCACUGAGUGCUGAGGGCAAAAGCUACAUCUACAUCAAGGUGGUGCAAAAAGUGGUUGAUUUAGCGAUGAACCGAAAUGAACCGGAAAUUAGCUUUGACGAGUUGAUCAAAAGGAUCAUAGAGGUGUUGAAUGAUUCGUCCAUGGCAAAAUACUUUUGUGUGUGCUACAUUCAAAUAUUGCAAAAGCAUGUCCUGAAUACGAAGUGGGACUUGACUGUUAUAAGAGCCGAGCAAUGGAAAGAUAUCAUAAAGACAUGCUUUAAACUUUACGAAGAUACAAGAUUAGCGAAGCCACUCAUUGUCGGCUGUUUGCGAAUAGCUGUUCAAAAGAGUCUAGACAACUGUUCUGUCCAGGAUUAUCUCGGGGAAUACCUGAACCCAUUAGCGCAAAUGAUAAACGAGUGUGACCGAGGAAAGGUAUUAUAUGAACUGAUCAGAGUUGCCUACUACUAUGCAUUGAAUUUAGCGGUGGACCUUCGGUAUUAUAUUUGCCAUUUUAUUAAAAAAAUAGCACAUCGGUUGAUUAAAUCAUACGAACCGAAGAUGGAAGGUGAUGUGAAGACUUUUAUUUUCCGAUUAAUGCAUAUUGCGGUGAUUGUGCACAAUCCUGAGAAAAAUUUUACGGAGUGGAGAUCGAAUCAGGACUUGGAAUUCACGGGGGAUCGGCUGGAAUGGAAUAAGUUUCUGCGAAACUUCUACUAUAUCAUUGAAUGUGAGGUAAAAGUACAUGCUUCCGCGUCGUAUGAUGCAGCGAGUGGGAGAGAUGUACCCUUUGUAGAUGGCUUCAUAGACUUAGCCGCAAGGUUAUGCUACUUGGUUUUCUGGCACGAUGAAGUGUGGCUUCAAAGGGAUGAACCAGAUGGCAAUAGUGCAAAAAGAAUCAAGCGAGCAAACAAACUGCAAAGUCUUAUGGAUUUAAUUGAGGUGGACAUCAGUAAACCAAAUUGGCGAUGGUUCAUCAUACUAGCGGAAAUCGUCGAACGCUGCCCAGCGGUUGUUGAGGAAAACGAUUAUCAGCCUUUACUGCAUCUGUUAAGCACAAUACAGCCUAAACUACAAUUUUCGUCCCAUGUGAAAUCAUUCCGUUUCUGUUGUCUAGCCCUGUUGAACUAUGAGAAUAAUGCGACGUUCCAGAAGUCAGUGAUCAUUGAUAAAAACCAAUGUGCGGAGCUUUGGCUCAAGAUAAUAGAGACAUGCUUUCGGUGUAGCACCUCCAACAACAAGUGUGCCUCAGAUAAUCACUGUCUGUUGCGACUGCUCAUUACUCAUCGUAAAUACCCUUCGGCCACGUUCCUAAAUAGUAUUCUUAAUGCGUUUUAUUGCUACUCAAUCGACCGCAAGAACGUCAAUAUUGAGACCAUAGCAACGAUUCUGGAAACGAUUCCAUUAGAGUCGUUAGGAAAUGUACAGGAAAUGGUCGAGAAACUGUUAAACUACAUUUUCCCAAGUUCACGCGAAGCUCAGGCAAAAGCAAUUUUGAAUCACCAGGAACAACUCGAUAUGAAGCUUCUAGCAAAUGUUUCAAUCAAUUUAUCGGUUACGAAGCACCAACACAAGGACUGUGAGCAAGCGCAAAAGUAUCGCCCGAGAACUAAGUAUUUUGAGACAAAUCAUAUGGUGCGAGACAUCGAAGAAAAUAUCCUUCUGAGAAGUAUCCAAAAACUACUGGAAGUUAACAUAAUCAAACAAGAUCCGCAACCUUUGCAGAAGGCAGUACCAUUGGUUACUUAUAACAUACACGAGGCUAAUUUUGGAAUGCUUUGCGCGGUGCUGAAUUCCGAGAAACAUAAUCCCGCAGACAAAAGUUUAAUCAACAUCAUUCGGGACAUUGAACUGUUUUUGGUCAUUUUGAACAGUUUUCUGGCUCACAAUGCUUUUACUAAAGAUGGUUUUGAAAAAUGCUUAUUAACGAAGAAGCUUGCAUUCAAAAUUCAGGAAAUGGAUUUUGCAUUCGGAGCUGUUGAAAAUCGUGAUUUGAUCAUGUUAGAGCUGCAUGAAAUAUCUACCGGGCUGCUGGUGAUAUUCCAAGGACCUUAUCACGAGUUCAUAAAUCAGAUGAUCGCAAAAAGCAACUUUACUAAUAUUCUCAAAUGGAUUCUAAAAAAUGCGCGAAAUUUACCUAACGAUGAUUCCGAUGUCACUGAGUUCUUGCAGUACAGAAAGCUCAGCAAGCAACAGUUGCAUCAUCAUAAUCUACUGUUGGUCGUUGCCCAUUAUAUGAAAUAUCAUGGAACACACACGAUGAAAUUGCAAACAUUUCUCGACUCAACUAUAUUCAACAUGUACAAUAAUUUGGUUAUUUUCCACGUUAUGAAGAUGUCCGAGAUAUUGGUUGACCACAGUUCAUCUCUUCCCGUCGCAAAAUGGAUACUGAAACAUGUCAAAGAUAUUUGUGUAGCUCAUCAUACAAACAUAGGCAUCACGGAAGCCAUAAUCGAUUUGUUCCCCAAGCUGAUUACUUUCGUUAGUCCGCAUGAUGAACUGUUCAACGACACCAUUACACUGUUCUCAUCGUUCAACCGGAAGGCCACCAUGCUGCACUACUCGGUGAAUUUGCAGAAAAAAAUCCACAGCCAGAUUAAGCAUCUCAUCAAAGCGUUUCCCGACCACUACGAAGCACAUAAGGUACUCUAUACGAGAAUGGCCACGUUGAUCGCAUCAUCAGAUUUUGUCAUUAAAAUGACUGCCGUUGAAAAUUUGAUCCAUAUCUUUAAGGAUGGCUGGGCUUUUCCCGCGGACCAAAUUCCAAGUAAAUUUUACCUUUUUCAACUGACACUUUACUCUGAGGUUGGAUUUAAAAUGGAUAUGGCUUCAACAAGGGACAAAAAGCAAUGCACGUUGUCGGCCUUCAUUCAACUGUUGUAUGCAGCGAUGUGUAGCAAUUAUUAUCUCAGGAAACGUGCCAUGUUGGAUUUGGUGGAACAAAUAAGUUUGAGUCAAUGGCAACCACACAAAGUACAACUAUUAAUUAAAUUGAUCAAUGAGACGGGAUUAAUCGAUCCGGUUGAAGCGGUGCAGAAUUCCCUAGAUAGCAUACUCGAGCUGUGGAUUACCAAGAAUUACAAAUUAGAAACAUUCCCUUGGAGCUUGACUGGUUCAGAAUCAUAUAAACACUUCCUGCAAAAGUAUCACCCUCAAAUUGCUUUCGCUAUCCUCCGCCACAAAGCGAUGGAUAUACACCAGUUUUGUAAGGCUAUUAAUAAAUCAUUGUCAGAGGUUGUAAAGACCAUCAUUACAAAAUGUGUAGCUUACAUCAUUCCGAAAUGGGCCAACUGUGCUAUUCAAACCGAAAGCUACACUCGGGUUGCCAGAGACAUGCAGCUAAUAAUUGGCCUCUAUCUAGAGAUGGACAAACUCUUCCUGGAAGAUGAAUCGAUCGUGUCAGUUAUACUACACCUUUUGGAACUUGUUCAGGAUGAAACAUUGACGAAGGAUGUCUUCGAACGAGAGGUUCUUACGCUGCCCGAUGAAUUCGUUUUGAGCAAAGAAAAUUUCAAAAAGUGUUCAGGGCAAUUGAGAGUUUUGAUAUGUCCCAGCACUAGCCAAUCGUUUUUUGUUUACCUAUGUGUGGAGCGCCCGGAGGUUAUUGAGCGCAUCUUCUUUGGUUUAAAGUUGAAAAUUUUCCAGACGAAAAUCAUAGAAGAAAAGAUGCAGAUAUUUGUGCGAUACGCAGGAUUUAUGAAGGAGUUGAUGCCAUAUCUUUGUCAGACCCGAUCGGGAGACAUGAAACAGUUUUUAACUCGAGACAUUUGUUAUUUUUUAUGCAACACGAUGAUUUCCACAAAAUCAUUGCAGAUACCAGUUUUAAAUUGGCUGUUGAAAUUUAUUCCCACAGUGAUCAUAUCAUGUGCAGAAUAUUUUGCCCCGCAUUUGAACCUUCUAACAUCCUCAUUGUUCACAAUCUAUAACCAAAAUACCUCUGAAGAGUUGAGCGGCAAAAUACACGCUUUCCUAGACUUAGUUGUGAUAAAGCGUGGCUCACUACUUGGCGAUGUAAUUGGGAAACUGAACUAUUUCCCGGAGGACAAUAGAUUCAAUGAUGUUCGCGAAGCAUUGGCUCGUAUGACCGCAGCUAGCGAACGAACUCUCGCCGAGGACAUCUCUGCCAUUAUUCAACUCCCGCACUUAAAGUAUGAAGAGCUGGCCGCAUUGCGUGGUUUGUUGGUGAAUAAAAAAGAUGAGUUAGCUGGGUUAUGCGAAGAAUUGAAGUCAUCCAAUGGGUUUUUGGAAAACUGCACCGAAAACGUACUCAUGCGACUCAUCAAUACACUUUUGGAAGAAAUUCGUACGGAUAAUAACGACAAACGCACCAUCGAAUCCUUACGGUGUCUCGGAGAGAUCGGGCCUGUUGAUUUGUCGACGUUGAUUCUGAGAUCGGAUGCUGAGCCCGAAAUUUAUGAGAAUCUAAAAAACACAGAAAGCGCAGUACAGCAAUUUGUGCGAGUGUUGAUUGGUGAAUUGAAUCAGUUAAUAGUGCACAAAAAUUUGUGCGUAGCCGAGGAAGCAACUUCGGUGUGUUAUUAUUUGUUGCAAAAUAGCAAAUUCAGAGGGCUAGCGGCUGAUUUUAGAACACUCUUUCCUUAUAUGGUACAUCCUGCAAGAGACCAUCGAAUCUUGGAGCGAUCGUCAGGUCCUAUGAAUCUUACCGGGGCUUUUGAAUCUUUAAGCGAUUCGUGCAGCUAUGAAUCGUUUGUUUCAACAGUGGCAACGACGUUGUUUGAGUUUUUGCAAGAUAAAAAGCUGAAACUUCUCGUCGAUGCCGAGUUUACUUUGGCUUCCAAGAUGGUUUCUAUGCUGAUACAGAUUGUGCUUAGCUUCAAUGAUGGCGGAUUAAAUGAGGACAUUAGAACUUUCGUUAGUAAAUACUUCAAAAAAUUCAAAGAAAAUUCCACAUCGACAGAAUACAUCAGGAGCAAUUUAGAAAGUGUCCAUCUAAUGCUUAAAAUUGUCGAAUGUGUUCGAAUGUAUAGCCAGAAUCAUUCACAGUAUAAAAUCGAGCUCGACUAUAUGCCAAUCGCUUCCGCUAGUCUCCAGUGCGAGGCGUAUUUCAAAGCCAUCAUGUAUUGCGAACUAUGGUGUAUGGAGCAACUGAACGGCGGCGUGAACAACGACACGAUUAAGAACAAUCCACAGUUGAUGGACAUAUUGAAAAGUGCCUACUCCGCGAUCGGUGUCGACGAGGCCGCGAGGGCUUUUCUCGAUCCGAUUACUUCUCGAAAAGAGUACUACCAGCAGGAACAGAAACACAACCUAUGCCUGUUAUACCACGAUAUAUCAAGUUCGAGCACCGGUACUUCAGAAAUGUUUGCGUAUAGAGACGCACUAAAGAUAUCAAGUCUCUACGGGUUGGCUAAUAGGAUCGCCUCUGAUGUGGAUUUUGAUUGCGCUUGGCGAUUAGCUGAUUGGACUGUGCCACUGGAUGUUUCCACGAAAGGAAAUGAUGAUACGGUUAACUGGCGGGACGUGUUUCAGAAGCAGCACUAUAAAGCUCUUAAAUGUCUGGAACUGAAAGACCAAGCUGCCACCGAAAGUGCAGUUUUUGAAGGAAGAAAAGCACUAUCAAAAAUGUUGAAGGUAGCUAGUUUGGAAUCGACCAAAAACAUCUAUCCAUACCUUUGCAAACUGCGUCAACUGCAACAAAUUGAGGAUUUUAUGAAUGUCCACUUCCAUUACGUUAAGGACGGGGAAAAAGUGCUUAUUCAGAAGUGGAACGAUCAAGAUAAAUUACCUUACAGUGACUUCGCUGGCAUGGAAGUGAUCCUUACGCAACGUGUAACAAUUUUGAAGACAGCAGGAAUUCGAGCCACGCGAACUUGGGUCCCGGAUACGUUGAAUCAGGCACGGUUCCAUCUGAUUCACGAGGCCCGAACCACUGGUCAUCACGACGUCGCUAUGGCUAAUAUUUGUUCAAUGAUACGGCAACCUUUGUCGGAGGAUGUUAAAGCGUUGGUAAUGUUAGAAGAUGCUCUCUUGAAUUGGUCGAUUGGCGAUAAAUUUCUAUCGAAGAGGCUUGUGAAUGAGAUUGUUUCUGGUGGUAAGUGUAAGGAUCUUCUGGUCAACGCAGCUGCCUACCGGAUCUACGGAACUUUCCUGGCGGAAACAAACGUCGAGGAUGUACACAACCUUCACAAGAACUUUUUCAACCAAUCUAAUGCGCUAGUAGAAGAAGCUCUGCGGCAAAGCAGUCAACAAGAAAACAAAUCCAGCACUGCUUAUCAGAGCAAAUGUCUAGAGAAUGAUCGAAAUUUCAUAGUUUUGCACACCAUAGCCAAAUAUGCGGACAGAGAAUUCGUACGGUUGAAAGCCCAUUUCAAAUCAAAUGACUUCAAGCUGAGAAGAAUGAACUUGGAAAAACUGAAGAAGGAAAUAAACAUGCUCGAUGUGGAAAUACAGAGUUUAGAUGACACAGACAGAGAGAAGUUGUCGGCUUUGAGGAGAGCUAGGAUUUCCGCGAAACAAAAUGCUACCCGAGAUGAAGAAUCGUUGAAAACUAUGGUUACAAACAUGGAAGACUACCUUAAAAUGGCGCUACUGUACUAUUCUUCGUAUACCCGGAAGUCUAGUGUUGAAAGUGACUUAGCCGUGUUCCGGAUAGUUGCGCUGUGGUUGGGUAAUCAUAACGUGGAAAUUAUUACCAACGUCAGGGAAGCGCUAAAGGUCGUUCCGAGUUAUAAAUUCGUACCCGUUCUACCUCAGCUCGCUCCUCGGUUGGACAACAGUGCUGAGGGUAUAGGGAAAAUAAUCGAGGAAAUAUUAGAGCGGUGUGCUAUCGAUCAUCCUCACCAUACGUUGCCUCAUAUCUUUGCCCAAGUGCAUGCAUAUGCGGAUGUGGAGUCGAAAGACAUUCCUAGAGAUGAUAAGCGACUGCUCGGGGCCCAAUCGCUGUACAAAAAGCUGUUGAAAAAUCAGAAGAUCUCACCCAUUGUGAAUCAAAUGAGCAACAUGAGUCUGGCAUUCAUCGAGAUGGCCAACAGACCAUUGGGUAGCGGGCGAGCAUUUAGCAGCUACAAGAUGAGUUCGCGCGAUACGUUAAAAAAGUGUCAAAUGCUGGACAAGGUUCACUGUCCUACCGUAGAGUUGCGGGUUUGCGAGAGUGGCAUUUAUAAUAAUAUCAUAGGAAUACACAAGUGGAACGAUCACAUCGAAGGUGUCGGGGGCAUCAACGCCCCGAAGAAGUUGAUCUGUCACUGCAUGGAUGGGCAGGACCGCGUUCAGCUGAUCAAAGGAAAAGAUGAUAUGCGUCAGGAUGCGGUCAUGUUGCAAGUUUUCAGCAUCCUCAACGUGUUGCUGUGCAACGAUAAGGACGCAAAUCGGAAGAAGCUUAGGGUACGCACCUACAAGGUGGUUCCCCUGUCGAGACAAAGUGGCAUUUUGGAGUGGUGCUCGAACACAACGACGUUCGGGGGUUGGCUUGUACCAGCGCAUGAGCGCUACCGACCCAAAGAUCUGAAUCCAACCGAUGCCCGCAAAUCUUUUGCCGAAAUGGCGAAAUCUUCGCUGAAAACCAAACAGGAAAAGUUCUUGAAAAUCUGCCAGCGGCUCAGUCCCGUGUUUCAGUAUUAUUUCUUCGAGAAGUUCCUCACGCCGGGUAUGUGGUUCGAGCGACGCCUUAGUUACACUAAAAGUGUCGCGGUAUCUUCGAUGAUCGGUUACAUUCUGGGGAUAGGUGACCGACAUGUGCAGAAUCUUUUGGUGGACGAAAAAACAGCGGAGAUUAUUCAUAUAGAUUUUGGCAUUGCAUUUGAAUUGGGGAAAAAUCUACCCACCCCGGAAACGAUCCCAUUCCGAUUGAGCAGGGAUAUGGUGGCUGGGAUGGGUGUUAGUGGCAUCGAGGGAGUUUUUAAAAAAUCCUGUGAGAAAACGUUGGAGAUUUUGCGUAACAACCAUGCACCGAUCAUGACCAUCUUGGAAGUUCUUUUGUACGAUCCGUUGUACAGCUGGAAUGUCAUGUCCAAUAAGAAGGCUGUUCGGGAGCAGAGAGCGGAAAUGUAUGGUGGUAAUUUAACCGCAACAGAGACUUCCAAAGAAGGUGCAGUGAACAUCAGUGCGGAACGUGCCUUACUACGCGUUAGUGAGAAACUGAAUGGGAAGGAAGAUGAGAAAUUUACGUCCGUUGAAGGACAAGUGGAAAGACUUAUUUUUGCUGCCACUAGCAACCUAAACUUGUGUCAGUUAUUUCAUGGAUGGCAACCAUACUUGUAAAAGCCACAUGUUACGAAUUUAUUCACACGUUCGUUCGUUUAUUGUCGUUAUAUCUGUUUCAGCGUUGCAUUAAAGCAUUGUUCACUAUCACGAAAUGUAUCUUUUCAC